AUGAUCGAAGAUGAUACUUUGGAUGUAAACAUUUGGUACAGACAAUAAUUUAAUUCCAAUUAAUCAACAUUAUCUAAUAUAAGUUUAACUCCUAAAUAGAGUGCUCAUAGUAAAUCUCUUUCAAAAAACUUUUCAACCCCAAAUCAUUCAAAGAACUUUUUUUCAUCUAGUCUAAAAACUUAUAGAUGA